UCGAAUGUUGUGUUGUAAAUGUUUGGGAUGAUUCUCAUCGGUAUUUGGUUGUCAAGAGCUUGAUGGCCGUGUGGAGUACAAACGAGACACUUUGCAAUUCAAGUCAAGUUGAAGCAGUUGGCUAAUUAAGUGCAAGCUUGCACGUGCAGGACGUUAGCAUCGCACGUGGACUUUCCCAGCAGCUUCAUGGGUUGCAAGUUGUGAGCAUGUCGCUAGCAGAGAGCAGUAAGUUGAACAAGAUAGUCAAGCAGCAGUACCUGGACCUCCCCCAGGGAGACAAGGUCCAGGCUACCUACGUCUGGAUCGAUGGCUCCGGAGAAGGUCUGCGCUCCAAAACCCGCACCCUGGACUCGGAACUCAAAAGCGUCCAAGAUGUUCCCGAGUGGAACUUUGACGGUUCGAGCACGUUCCAGUCUGAAGGCUCCAACAGCGACAUGUUCCUGAUCCCGGUGGCCUUGUUCCGGGACCCUUUCAGGAAAGACCCCAACAAGCUGGUCCUGUGUGAGGUGCUCAAGCACAACAAACAACCUGCAGAGACCAAUCUUCGCGAUCGGUGUCGUCGCAUCAUGAGCUUGGUGGAGAAGGAGCAUCCCUGGUUUGGGAUGGAGCAGGAGUACACGCUGCUGGGCACCAACAGACACCCGUUUGGAUGGCCCCGUAAUGGCUUCCCGGGACCCCAAGGUCCCUACUACUGUGCCAUGGGAGCUGACAAAGCGUACGGACGCGAUGCAGUGGAGGCUCACUACCGAGCCUGUUUGUACGCCGGUGUGAACAUUUGUGGCACUAAUGCUGAGGUCAUGCCAGCGCAGUGGGAGUUCCAGGUGGGACCGUGCGAGGGCAUCACCAUGGGUGACCAUUUGUGGAUGGCUCGCUAUAUCCUACAUCAAGUGUGUGAAGACUUCGGCUUGAUUGCAUCCUUUGACCCCAAGCCCAUCCCAGGAAGCUGGAACGGAGCAGGGUGCCACACCAACUUCAGCACCCAGGACAUGAGGCAGGAGGGAGGACUAGAGGUGAUCGAGGCAGCCAUCGAGCGUCUGGCCAAGCGCCACCACUACCACAUCCGCGCCUACGACCCCAAAGGUGGUCUCGACAACGUCCGACGCCUGACCGGUCAACAUGAGACCUCCAACAUUGAUGAGUUCUCUGCCAGCGUGGCCAACCGUGGUUGCAGCAUCCGCAUCCCGAGGGCCGUGGGCGACGACAAAAAAGGCUACUUUGAGGACCGCCGCCCGUCCGCCAACUGCGAUCCGUACAUCGUCACAGAGGCUCUGGUACGAACCUGCCUGUUGAAGGAGGAGGGAGACGAGCCUGCACAUUACACCCAAUGAUGUGACGACGCCCUUGCUCAAUAUGACCUUUUCUACUUUCUUCCCCUUUGACAUUUUCAUUGGCUUUUGCUCUUUAAUCAACUUGGCAUUUUCUCCUGGAAGCUCAUGUUGAUUUUAGGACACAUGACCAGUUUUCUAAAUUAGCAUUGCAUAGCAUAAUAGAAACUUCUCUCUUGGGACCAGAACCUUCUGUGGGACUACAACAGUUGACUAGCACUUUUCCCUCAACCUCUCGAGAUGCCAACUUCCACUAUGACUAAAACCUUGACUUGGCUUCACAAGCGGCUACGUUUGGAACUAGAAACCUUUCAGGAUACAAACUUUCUCUAGCACCCUCGUGUGACCUACAUGGGACUUGCAGUGUUUGCAUAUCUAAAUUAAAAUAUUCUUUUGCCAUUUAAA